AAUUAUGUCCUACAUUCAAUGUUUGAGCUAAGAAUGUAUUUAUCGGGGAUCAGUAAGAAGAAUAUCCCUUACAUUGGUGGUCAGUGGGAAAAAUGUUCCUUGCGUUGGUGGUCAGUGGGACAAAUGUCCCUUACCUUGGUGGUCAGUGGGAAAAAUGUCCCUUACCUUGGUGGUCAGUGGGAACAAUGUCCCUUACCUUGGUGGUCAGUGGGAACAAUGUCCCUUACAUUGGUGGUCAGUGGGAAAAAUGUCUCUUGUAUUGGUGGUCAGUGGGAAAAAUGUCCCUUACCUUGGUGGUCAGUGAGAAGAAUGUCCCUUACCUUGAUGGUCAGUGGGAAAAAUGUCCCUUAUAUUGGUGCUCAGUGGGAAAAAUGUCCCUUGCAUUAAUGGUCAGUGGGAAAAAUGUCCCUUACCUUGGUGAUCAGUGGGAAGAAUGUCCCUUACGUUGGUGGUCAGUGGGAAAAAUGUCCCUUGCAUUAGUGGUCAGUGGGAAAAAUGUCCCUUACCUUGGUGGUCAGUGGGAAGAAUGUCCCUUACCGUGGUGGUCAGUGGGAAAAAUGUCCCUU